AUGAGUCCAACUAAGACUUCAUCUCGUCUUUACGUCAAGGGUAUCUUCACCGGAUAUAAACGCGGUCUUCGUAAUUCUCAUGAAAAUACUACUCUUGUCAAGAUUGAAGGAGCUUACAACAAAAAUGAUGCUCAAUUCUACGUAGGAAAGAGAGUUGUUUAUGUAUACAAAGGAAAAAAUUCUGUUGCUAGAGUUGGAAAACACCCAACUAAAAUUCGCACUCUUGUUGGAAAAAUCACCCGUGCUCAUGGAAAUUCUGGAUCAGUACGUGCUAAAUUCAACAGGACUCUUCCACCACAAGCAAUGGGAAACAGAGUUCGCGUUUUGUUGUUCUAA